GCAGCACACUACUUUGAUUUUUCUGAGAUUUUAAUCUACUUUAGGUCUAAAAUAACAUUAUCAGUUUGAUUUUUUAUGAAGUUUUCCAUUAUUUUUCAUAGUUUUUUGUUAUUCUUGUUCUAUCAUUUCUUUACAGUGGGCUGCACAGUCUCACCCCACAGUGAUCCUGGUUCGAGUCCCAGCUAGGACCUUUCUAAGUGGAUUUUGCAUGCUCACCUUGUACAUGUGUCGGUUUCCUCCCACAGUCCAAAAACAUGCUUCAUGGGUUAAUUUAGGAUAAGAAAUUGUUCCUAUAGGUGCGCAUCUGUGGCUCUGCAACAGACUGGCAACCUGUUUGCUCCACCUUUGCCCAGUAGUAGAUGGAUAGGCACUAUAGGAAUCCUUGGACUUUCUUACAGGCUUUUUAUCUUUUUUUCCCUCCUCCAAUACCUCAGAAACCCUAAAAAAAUCCAGAUAUUUGGCGGAUCCCCUGAUGCUUUUUUAUGGAAAACUUGAGUCAAGUUAUUUUGCUUUGAUAAAUGAGCUCAGCAGAAGCUUUGGAAGGUCUCCACUCCUUUAAAAUCUGUUCUGCUCUGAGUCCUCACGUCUUCCUGAGUGAGUUUCCACUCCUCCACCCACAGACAUUAAUAUCAUCCCUGACGCUUCAUGUCAGCACUCACCAGCCCUUUGGCUGUCCCAGGACACAGAGGGGGAUGCUGAUGCACACCAUCCAGGACCCCGGAGUCCUGAACUGUUGCCUCUGCUCACACUUCAAGAAGGGGGGAUGGAGCAACGGGGGCAGAGGAGAUCUCCAUCACUGUAUCCCUCUUCUCCUCCUCAUUAUCAACACACACCCUUCCCCUCCAGCCCCUCCCUCAUCCACCAUCCUGCUCCCAGAGGUGUCUGGUGACUCCUGGCCAUGUUCUGUUGCUCCUCCCUUCACGUGGAGGUUGGAGGAGAGAGGGAGAAAUAGAGAGGCUCCAGCCCACUACCAGUAUGUCCCCAGGGGCCCUCAGCCUCCUUGCCUGGCCGCCCCUCCUGCUGCUCAGUACAGCUGUGUUACCAGACCCCGACCAGCUGGGAUCUCAGAGAGAGGAGUGUGUGCUAGCUCUUGUUUACGCUCACUUAAGUGAAGCGCUGAGACUCCAACUCCAGCUAUAGCUACCAUACCUGCCUGGUGGUGCUGAGGAGACCCCUCGUGGAGAUGGCUGCAGCAGCCCAGGCCCUGGCUCUUCUUUUACCCCUGGUGCUCGCCAUCCUGAGUCUGUCGCCCGUGCCCGCUCUGGGAAGAUGCCCUCUGGCUUGCCGCUGUUCAUUUGCCAUGCUGCAGUGCCUGGAGCCCAACCGGAUCACCAGCAUCCCACCACUCGACCCAAUGGAGAGUGAAAAUGUGACAGAGAUCUACAUUGAAAACCAAGAGGACCUUGAGAACAUAACAGAAAUCGACAUGGCUCACUACAGAGAGCUGAGGAACCUCACAGUCACAUCCUGCAAGCUGAGGUCCAUCGCUCACAACGCUUUCCAGAACAACCUGAAGCUGCAGUAUGUAAAUCUGGCAUCCAACUCUCUGGAACAGAUCAGCUGGAGAGUGUUUCAUUUUCUGCCUCUGCUUAACCUGGUUUUGAGGGACAACCCCCUCAUCUGCUCCUGUGACCUUUUCUGGCUGCAGCAGUGGCAGAACGACGACCGGGGCGACCCGGACACCCAAAUGUUGUCGUGUUCGUCGGAUUACGAGGAUUUACCGCUCAAUUCUUUGGUGUUCGAUAAUUGCAGUCUGCCUGAGGUCACCAUCAGGUCCUCUCAGUACAAGACGCAAGAAGGAGGAAACCUCACCUUCGAGUGUCUGGUCACAGGAAGUCCUACUCCAACCGUGAGGUGGAGAACAGACGAACUCUCUUCUCCAUUCGUCACCGAGGAAACCAAGUGGGGCUCCACAUUAAAUCUGCUCCUUCACCUCACCAACGCUUCCUCCAAGGACAACUUGCACAACCUGACGUGUGAGGCUGAGAACCAAGCUGGGCCCAAGGAGGGGAUGGUGCAGUUGGACAUUGAGUUUCCAGCAAAGAUCAUCUUCCUUCGAAACGCCGUACAGCAGCACAACUGGUGCUUCCCGUUCGCCGUGGACGGCAACCCCGAGCCCAGAUUCACCUGGCUGUACAACGGCGUCCACUUCAAGCAGAACCUGUACGCGUACAUGCAGUUCAUCCCGGACUCGGAUGACGGGUCGGAGAGGCACGGCUGCCUCUUCCUCAACAAGCCCACCCACAUCAACAAUGGCAACUACUCUCUGAUUGUGGAAAACAAGCUGGGGAGGGAUGAAGCCACCGCUGUUGGGAAGUUCAUGGACAACCCGUUUGACCCCCUUGACCCCGAGGGGUUGAUUCCAGUCCUAGACAUGGAUCCAAGUCCCACAGGCAGACCAAACAUGCACGUGACGGAGACCCCAGAGAGCCGCGUGCUGGUGGUGUCGGUGGCGGUGGGGCUCGCCGUCUUCGCCUGCGUCUUCCUGCUCGCCGGCGUUUUCGUCAUCAACAAGUGCGGCCAGCAGUCCAAGUUUGGGAUCCACCGCUCAUCAGUUCUGGGCACCGAGGACGAGCUGGCCGUGUCGCUUCGUUUCAUGAACUUCGGGACCAGCCCGCCUUCCUCGGAUGAAGACUCCGGCCUGUCCAGUUUUGUGGAAAACCCCCAGUACUUCUGCGGCAUCAUCAAGGACAAGGACAUGUGUGUGCAGCACAUCAAGAGGCAAGACAUCGUGCUGAAGUGGGAGCUGGGGGAAGGGGCGUUCGGGAAAGUCUACCUGGCCGAGUGUGCGCACCUCAGUCCUGACAGCGACAAGAUGCUGGUGGCCAUCAAGACUCUGAAGGACGCCAACGAGUCGACCCGGCAGGACUUCCAGCGGGAGGCUGAGCUUCUGACCAUGCUGCAGCACCAGCACAUCGUGCGGUUUUACGGCGUUUGCACGGACGGAGAGCCGCUGGCCAUGGUGUUCGAGUACAUGAGGCACGGGGACCUGAACCGCUUCCUUCGAGCUCACGGCCCAGACGCUCGUAUCCUGGAGGAGUCCAAGAUGCCCCCGUUGGGUCAACUGACCCUACCCCAGAUGCUACAGAUCGCUGCGCAGAUCGCCUCGGGCAUGGUGUACCUGGCAUCUCUGCACUUCGUCCAUCGUGACCUGGCGACCCGUAACUGCCUGGUUGGGGAGGGCUUGGUGGUAAAGAUAGGAGACUUUGGGAUGUCCCGGGACAUCUACAGCACAGAUUACUACAGGGUGGGCGGGCGUACCAUGCUGCCGAUCCGCUGGAUGCCCCCGGAGAGCAUCAUGUACAGGAAGUUCACCACGGAGAGCGACAUCUGGAGCUUUGGCGUGGUUCUCUGGGAGAUCUUCACCUACGGAAAGCAGCCCUGGUAUCAGCUGUCCAACAGUGAGGCCAUUGAAUGCAUCACGCAGGGGCGGGAGCUGGAGAGGCCGCGCACCUGUCCUAAGGAGGUGUACCAGCUGAUGCAGGGCUGCUGGCAGAGGGAGCCCCAGCAGAGGACGGUCAUCAAGGAGAUCCACAGCCGCCUGCUGGCUCUGGUCAGAACCCCCCCAGUUUACCUGGACAUCCUGGGCUGAGGGGCAGUUCACAUGUUCACCUGAGUGUCUGUUGGUUUCUGUGCCAGGGGGGGGGGGGGGGGGGGGGGACGGGAGGGGGGCUAUGGUUAUUUUU